UGUAAAAUUUGUYAAGUCAUCCGCCAUAUUGUAAAAGAGAAAAAAAAGUUGAUUUCAAAGAGCAAACACACAGAUAUGCCAGGUCCAGAAGAACCAAUAACUACAGUUGUUGUUCACCCUAUAGUUCUGUUAAGUGUAGUAGAUCAUUUCAAUAGAAUUGGAAAGGUUGGUAGCCAAAAACGUGUUGUUGGUGUCCUACUUGGUUCAAGGAGAAAGGGAGUUCUAGAUGUAUCAAACAGUUUUGCUGUUCCAUUUGAUGAAGACGAUAAAGAUAAAAAUGUUUGGUUUUUAGACCAUGAUUACCUUGAAAAUAUGUAUGCAAUGUUUAAAAAAGUCAACGCUCGUGAAAGAAUAGUUGGAUGGUACCACACAGGACCAAAACUAAACAGCAAUGAUAUUGAAAUUAAUGAACUUGUGAAAAGAUAUUGUUCAAAUUCUGUUUUAGUGAUUAUUGAUGCUAAACCUAAGGAUCUUGGUCUUCCUACCGAUGCAUAUGUUGCUGUUGAAGAGGUUCACGAUGAUGGCAGUCCCACGACAAAGACAUUUGAACACAUUCCAAGUGAGAUAGGAGCAGAAGAAGCAGAAGAAGUUGGAGUGGAACAUCUUCUUAGGGAUAUCAAAAACCUUACAGCAGGAACUCUUUCCCAGCGCAUUUCAAACCAGUUAAACUCUCUGAAAGGUCUGCAGGCUCGUCUGUGUGAUAUUAGAGACUAUCUUGAUCAGGUUGCUACMGGCAAACUACCCAUAAAUCACACUAUUGUGUACCAAUUACAAGAUGUGUUCAAUCUUGUUCCUAAUUURAAUGUUGAAGAGUUCUUUAAAUCAGCUACAGUUGCUACUAAUGAUCAAAUGAUGGUUGUAUACGUUGCAUCACUGAUGCGUGCUAUUAUAGCUUUACACAACUUAAUCAACAACAAAGUUACUAACAGAGAUGCKGAGAAGGACGAAGCAGGGAAAAAAGAUGACAAGAGUAAAGAGAAAGAAAAGAAAGAAGAGAAAGAGAAGGACACCAAAGAGAAGGAAGUGAACGAACAGAAACCAAAAGACAAGGACAGUAGCAAAAAAUAGAGCAAAACCUGUGCUCUAAUAAUAUUAUUGUAAAAGUGUAAAAAACAUCGAAAGUUUGAUUAAAGAAGGAGUAUCAGUUGU